UGCAGGUUAACAACGCAAUAAAGAGAAGCAGCAUGCUGAGAUUUCUGAUCUUGACUUGUGGCCUAGUAUGUUGGGGUCAAAAAAUCAACACCGGAGUGAAGGAUUUCCUAGAGAAUUUUGAUUAUGAAAUCCAGAAACUUAAACUAGCUUGUCAAUCGGCUGAAUGGAACUACAAAACCAACAUUACAGAUUAUAACAAAAAGUUGAGGACGGACCAGCAAAUGGAAUACUCCAGAUUUAGGCAGGAAGCAUAUAAAAAUGCGUCACGAUUCAAUCUGACUCUCUUGACUCCAAUACAAAAACGCCAGUUCUCCAAAAUCAUGGACAUAGAUACCGACGCACAACAAAACAAGACAAAACUGGCCAGGCUGCAAGAAGUACUGAAAGAAAUGAUCUUCAUCAACAAAGAUGGUGUCCAGCCAGGUUAUGUUUUACGAUUGAAAUUGACAAAAGACGAUGUAUCUAUCAACUUUAAUUUUUUUUCUGUUUCAGAAAAUGACAGCACAGACUCGCCUGAUGCCAAAUUGAAAAAAUUGUAUUCUGAAUAUGUUUCACUUAGCAACGAAGCCAUUCGAUUUUUGGGUCACUCUGACUACGGCGCCUACUGGAGGUCGUACUAUGAAGACGCUAACUUUAAAGACAAUAUUCGAGCCUUGUACGACCAGGUCCUACCUUUGUACAAACAUUUCCACGCAUAUGCCAGACGUAAGCUGAAGGCGAUCCAUGUGAACGACACGUUUCCUGCCUCUGGUCAUAUCCCAGAAAAUCUGUAUUGGUAUGCGAUGGAUUUGGAACCACCAAUUAGCGGUAAAACUUCAUUUGAUAUUGCUGCUGAAAUGGUCAAACAAAACUACACAGCCAUGAAGAUUUUCCAGAUCGCUGAUGAUUUCUUCAAAUCGCUGGGGAUGAUUUCAGUGCCGGAGGAGUUCUGGAGAAAAUCUUUGAUGGAAAAACCUAAAGAUGGACGAAAAGUUGAUUGCUUUGUUUCGGCUUGGGAUUUUGGGAACGGCAAAGAUUUUCGAAUUAAGCAAUGCACGGAGAUGUCGGAAAACUAUUUUAGUAUAACCCACCGCGAAAUGGGAUAUAUUCAAUAUUUUCUUCAAUACAAGAAUCAACCAUUUGUUUUUAGGGGCGGAGCCAAUCCAGGCUUUCUAGAGGCUGUAGGCAACACAAUAUCGUUGUCUGUAGAAACGCAGGAACAUUUGAAGUCGAUCAACUUGAUCAAAGAGGUGGUAUACGACAAGGAGUCCACAAUCAACUUCUUGAUGGCCCAGGCUCAGAAAACGAUUACUUUCAUCCCGUUUAUUUAUAUCGCUGACCUGUGGAGAUGGGAGGUAUUUAGUGGGGAGACAACUAAAGAAAACUACAACAGAAGGUGGUGGGAGUACAGGUGUAAAUACGAGGGUUUGUCUCCAUAUUCUACAAUAAACAGUUCACACUUCGACCCUGGCACCAUUGACCAUAUAACUGCUAAUGUACCACUCAUGAGCCAUUUUGUAGGCGUUAUCCUUAAGUUCCAGUUCUACAAAGCUCUCUGUGACAUUUCUGGAUACACGGGUCAACUACACAGGUGUGAUAUAUAUAAAAGCAAACAAGCAGGUGCAAAACUAAGCGAAAUGUUGAGACUUGGGUCAUCAAAGCCUUGGCCAGAAGCCAUGUACGUCCUCACUGGCCAGUACAAAAUGGACGCUAAGCCCCUGAUCGACUACUUCAAGCCGUUACUGGAUUAUUUGGUCAAAGAAAAUGGCAACGACUACGGUUGGAAGCAACAAUGUCCAAGUGUUGUUCCAGAAACCUAAUUGUUAAUCAAUAAUCAAAUGGAUAAUCAUAUUUUGAAACGUCUUUUGCUUUUGUUUGUUUCUUUUGUAUCAAUAAUUUUUUUGGCUGCUUUAGCAAUGGUAUUUCAAUAAUAAUGAUUAUGAUGGCUAAUUAUAAAAUCAUUUUACAACACAAUACAUGGAAGCUUUGAGUAGUAUCUGGAUAAAGAAAUUAGUAAAAACUACGGACGGGACCCAUAAUGCCCAGUUUUUUUUUAUUCUGACUAAACGAGAUACAAUUUUUAACACUAUUUUUAUCAAGCGAAUUAUUUUUCUUUAAUGUUAACUACUGUGGCUGGUUAAUCAGAUAU